AUGACUGGGAAGAAGAAGCCAGACCACACGCCAGCUUCCUCGAAGAGACCUACGAAGCAACCGCGCUUGUCUGCUCAUGCCCUCGCACGGCACAACGGCAGUGCCAUUGGGUCUGCAGGCUCGGCUGUCCCUGCGGCCUCAGUGGCCCCAUCCAGGAUGAACGCCGUGGCCAAGUGCUUGGAUUGUGACGCUGUCCCGUCGGCUACGUCGAAGUUUCCAGCUGGAGUGACUGAUGCGUGCUUGCUCCACUGGGAGCUCUACUGCGGCGGCUUCACGACCUACGGCAGCUGGAAAGAGUUCAUCUCGCAGAAGGAGAAGGAUACCACCAUCCAGCAGGCGUGGGACAACGCUGAGGAGUCGAAGAAGAGCGGCGAGAAGCAGUGGCUGCCCACGGAGGUCUUGCAGACCAGGUGCUACUCGUGCGACGUGGCGAAGAGCAUGGCGGGCCCCAGUCGGUCCCAGCUGAAGCAUAUGUUGUCCAUCUCUCCCGAGCGCAUGGGCGUCAAGAUGCAAGAUCUCGUGGACGUCAACAACACCCCGUACAAGGGGCUAUUGAUCCCGAACCCCGCGAGGCCGUUCACGGAGUUCAACUUCACCAAGCGGGUUGGCGUCGACAAGAGUACCAGAGCUAUGUCGAGUGGUGACCAGAUGUACGAGCAACAUGCCGAUGUCGUGUCUGAGUACGUCAAGGCCGAGUUGAUGAAAGAGAAAGAAGUCAAGGACGCAGCGGUCAAGAUGAGGACGUCGCCGUGGGACCUCGCCGACUUAGUCAAGAAGUCUUGCGAGGUGCGUGGGGUUCCUGUUGACCCAGUGAACUGCAGCCCCAUGGCUGCUAUGCUGAUGGGUGAGUUUGGCACCUUGUACGCUGGCGGAGAUCGGAAGACUGUCGCCUUGGCCUCUCGCGGGGCUGGACCUCAGGACGUGGCCAACUUGAACGACAAGGUCGCCAGGACUGCUAGGUCUGGCGUGGCCUGCGAAGACGCGGCGAGUGCCAUCUCUCCGAGUGCGGUGGGUAAGGGCGGCAGUGCAAGCAAGCGGGUGCCCAUUGAAGAUGGCUUGCCCGUUACCGAUGCAGAUAGAGACGACCUCGUGCAUAGGAGGAUCAGCGCCUACAGCAUCGAGAAGAUCAUGCUCAACGAGAACAUGGGCCGCGAGAGGCGUUGGUGCAGCGACUCCCGCGAUCUCUUCCAGCGCAAGGGGGACAACAGGGCCGAUGCGUUGCAAAAGCACUUGGACCUCGCGAAGCACGCCGAGAACUUGGUUGGCGGCUCCAUCUCAGAGAUGGACAUUGGCAUGCUGGAGACCACUGUGAAGGAGCUGCAGGACGGUGGUGUGUUCAUCCCAAGCUCUUACGACGCAUCUAAGUUCCUUGCUUCCAUCGUGCCCUGGGUCGGGCCAGAGAAGGUUUUUGAUGGGAACAAGCCUCAGCUUUGCCUGCUGGGCUGCUCGACCGAUGAGAAGAUCGGACAUUUCGUCUUCACUGCCGUCGUGAAGCUUGGCGAGUCUGGCAAGCAAGGCGUGAUGGAUAUCUCGGACAAGUGUCUCUCAUACUGCGCCCUCAUCGUGGAUCGGGGCGACUGCGAUGACUUCGACAAGACGGUGACGGACGUGGAGUUGACUUCGAAGGCCCUCAAAGCGCUGGUGCUCGCUACGUUCGUGCCUGGGUAUGCGGACCUGAAUCGCAUGAUUGCCCUGGCCGCCAGCAAGGACAGGAGCGGACUUCUCGGACACAUGCUGACCCAGAUGGCCAAUGUGAUCACUCGAUGCAGGACGGGAACGUUCGAGCACCUUGUCGAGCUGCUGACAGAGUCACUCGAGGAGUUCAUUCGGUCCCUGAAGAUCGCGAACCCGAACACCGCCGACGGCGACGCCUACAAGAAGCUCGUGUUGGCAGAGCAAUGCCUGAAGCAGGCGCAAGUCGUUCUACCGCAAAACAUCGAGAUUUGGGAGUCGCACAUCAGGGCUGUCGAGACAUACAUGACCUUGAUCGGUAAGGCCGACUACGCGAAUACCUUUGUCGAGGUCCUCGGGGGGAAUGCCCAGCUGGAGUCGGGGAAUCUGUCGAUGGACGCUGUGCGGAAGGUCGACCGCGCGCUGAAGGACGCCAUCCAGGCGGGCUCGGAGAUCGAGGUGCCCGCCAUGGACAAGCUCGAGAAAUUCAUUGAGGCUGACAACAACGAUGUGAGCAGCAUUAGGUAUCUCGUUGAGGUUGCCUUCGGCUACGCCAGGGAGACACCCGAUGCAACACCAGAGAGCCUCGAUCCGAUCCUGCAGCUUGCCACGGCGGUCAAGGACAUGCCCGUGACAGAGUCUCGCCAGACAUUGUCGGCUUCCCUCGACAGGUUCAUCCAUGCCAUGACGGCAUGGAGUGCUACCCUUUCCAGUUUGGCCAAGUUCGAGGCGGGCGGGCCCGACCUUGCUUCGAGGAUUUCGGCGGUGAACUCGUUCGUCGAGAUCAAAGCGCUGCUGAGUGACCGAGCUCUUCUACUUCAUCGGGUCGGCGAUGGCCCCGCUCCGUGCAAGGCCAUGGGCGCGUUCAUCGAGAUGCUGGACAAGACGGUGGGUGAUCUAAAAGCCGAGUAUCUGAAAGGCGUGACGACUGUUAUGCAGACAGCUAACGAGAAGCUCCGUGGCAGUGCCGACGGUGGACAUGGAGAUGAGCGUGCUUCCUGGACCGACAGAAUCCCAGAGGGCAAGGCCAACGACUUCGACGUGGUGCGGUCGAUCUUCACGGACGCCAUCGCGGGGAUCGACGGCAACUUAUUCUCCAUGAAGCUGAAUGCCCUCCAGAAGUCCCAGAUGGAAGUGCAAGUGGCCUACAAUCUCUUUUCAGAGUGUGUCCCAGAUGAGCUCUUCAAGGAGCCCAGUCAGACUGUGAGAUUGGCGAGUGUCACGAGGGCGACGGCUAAGGCACUGCACAGCUGGGACGCCUACUCCAAGGACCAGAACGACGUCAGGCUGAAGAGGGAGCUCCGCAAGAUCUUGAAAACAUUGACGGACCACGAGCUCGGUAACAUCGUCGGCGGUAUGCAGCCUGCUGUGCGGAAGUGGGCGUACGAGAAG